AUGGCCGGCGUUCAUGAUCCUCGAUUGCUAUAUAGCAUCACAAAUAUUCGGGCCUUUCACAUCCAAGAUGGGGAGGAGCAGGAGCUGACCCCAUCUGGGCCGCAAACUCUUUCACUACUCAUGGUCCCCACCACUACUUCACCAUCAAUGCCACCCUACGCAACCAGUGCGGGCACCGAAACUCCUGAAGAGGAUUUUUAUCUACACCUCUGCCUUCCCCCAGAACUGGAUCUUGCUUUACCUGCGAGCACUCAGAUUUACCACCAAAUGCCCGAUAGUUAUUUGAUCCCCCGCUGGGAUCUGGCCCCGGGCACCUUUAUUCGAAUCCAGUUCCCGGGGAUUGGGUCUGGUCCGGACAAAGUGACUCAGGACGACAUCGAUACCUUCGAAACCAUACUCGCCCAAUGCACCGCAUUCCUGGAACGGACUACUGCUCCUUCCCAGAAGUCAAGUGGCAAGUCGCAUGGCCAUCCCGCCUACAAUCCCGCUGAUUACGCGCCUGGUGAGGGAUAUAUCUCCUCUGACGGCCAGCAGAAUGCACAUGGCAAAAUCGUGCUUGUUGAUGAGGAAGAUGGGAGCGUAGUGGGAGAAUUGGGCGACGCGUAUGAUGUGGUUGAAGAACCCGAUGUCAAACCGGGAUCCAAGAGACCGGUCAAUAUUGAGCUCCCUAGUGAGGGUGAAGGCAACCGAGUCAGUAUUAGCAAUGUCUCUGAAGAGUACUUGGCUAUGUCUCGGCACCCCGCGUACAAGAACUCGACCAUUGUGCAGACCUCGGCAACCGCAUCUCGUCUGAUUGUCGCGACUUCCACGUCUCUCGCCAAUGCUAUUACUAGCGGCGCCGAGAGCUUCACUAAGAAGACAAAACCAAAUCAAAAGCCCUUGACGUUCUCCGAUGCCACACAUGCGCGCAUCCGCAAGGUCGGCAGCUUGUCCACUGGCGCCGCCGACCUUUCCGCUCGUACAUUAGGGCAAGUCGAACGAGUUGCACAGAACGUCGGCGCAUCACUGUCGCGCAAAGACAACAAGCCCAGGAGCUUGGACAAGUCCCGGCCCCCAACGGACUACAAGCCUGGCGUGCUCAACAAGUCCCUGAUCGCCUUCAACACGCUAGCCGACGGAAUCCAGGAAGGCGCGCGGAAUAUUCUCCUCACUGGCAGCUCCGCGACUGGCGCGAUGAUCGGUCACAAGUAUGGCACGGAGGCCGGCGACGUGGCAAACAGUCUGACCGGUGGGGUGAAGAAUGUAGGCCUGGUUUACAUUGAUGCCACCGGAGUAAGUCGGCGAGCUCUCUUGAAAUCCGUUGCCAAGGGUAUGGUCGUGGGACGGAUGCGCGAUGGGAAGCAGGUGGUGGUGGGUGGUGGCGAUGGCGGCGAGCUUUCUCCCGAUCCUCAUGCUGCCGAGGCUGGGCCAUCAACCAACCCCACCCCGCCGCCCGCUUAUGGCGCGUCGGGGACCACGUCGCUCGGCGGCACGCCCAUGAGCAUGUCCGGGGGUAAGCGGUAA